AGGGGCCGACGACGAAGGCGACGGCGGCGGCGGCGGCUGCGGCGGCAGCGGCGGAGCAGCCGUGGGUCGGUGUCUGCGCGCUGGUGUCUGAGGCCCAGUCUGAGGCCUCCGCGGUUGCCGGAACGCAGACGGUGGAGAGGAUGACUGCCGCUGCCAUUCUCUCCUGAGUUAGAAAGCCGCCACCACCCUGCCCCCUCCCCCGGCCGGGCAGAGAGGAGCGGCCGGAGUCUGAGCCAUGGUGCCCGGCGAGGAGAACCAACUGGUCCCGAAAGAGAUAGAAAAUGCUGCUGAAGAACCUAGAGUUUUAUGUAUAAUACAAGAUACUACUAAUUCAAAGACAGUGAAUGAACGGAUCACUUUAAAUUUGCCAGCUUCUACUCCACUCAGGAAGCUCUUUGAAGAUGUGGCCAACAAAGUAGGCUACAUAAAUGGAACCUUUGAUUUAGUGUGGGGAAAUGGAAUCAGUACUGCUGAUAUGGCUCCACUGGACCAUACCAGUGACAAGUCUCUUCUUGAUGCUAAUUUUGAGCCAGGAAAGAAGAACUUUCUGCAUUUGACAGAUAAAGAUGGUGAACAGCCUCAAAUACUGCUGGAGGAUUCCAGUGCCGGAGAUGAUAGUGUCCAUGACCGAUUUAUAGGUCCACUUCCAAGAGAAGGUUCUGUGGGCUCUACCAGUGAUUAUGUGAGCCAAAACUACUCCUAUUCAUCUAUCUUGAAUAAAUCAGAAACUGGAUAUGUGGGAUUAGUAAACCAAGCAAUGACUUGCUACUUGAACAGCCUUUUGCAGACACUUUUUAUGACUCCUGAAUUUAGGAAUGCAUUAUAUAAAUGGGAAUUUGAAGAAUCUGAAGAAGAUCCAGUGACAAGUAUCCCAUAUCAACUUCAGAGGCUUUUUGUUUUGUUACAAACCAGCAAAAAGAGAGCAAUUGAAACCACAGACGUUACAAGGAGCUUUGGAUGGGAUAGUAGUGAGGCUUGGCAGCAGCAUGAUGUACAAGAACUGUGCAGAGUCAUGUUUGAUGCUUUGGAACAGAAAUGGAAACAAACAGAGCAGGCUGAUCUUAUAAAUGAACUAUAUCAAGGCAAGCUGAAGGACUACGUGAGAUGUCUGGAAUGUGGUUAUGAGGGCUGGAGAAUCGACACAUAUCUUGAUAUUCCAUUGGUCAUCCGGCCUUAUGGGUCCAGUCAAGCAUUUGCUAGUGUGGAAGAAGCAUUGCAUGCAUUUAUUCAGCCAGAGAUCCUGGAUGGCCCAAAUCAAUAUUUUUGUGAACGUUGCAAGAAGAAGUGUGAUGCACGAAAGGGUCUUCGGUUUUUGCAUUUCCCUUACCUGCUGACCUUACAGUUGAAAAGGUUUGAUUUUGAUUAUACAACCAUGCACAGGAUUAAGUUGAAUGAUCGGAUGACGUUUCCUGAGGAGCUAGAUAUGAGUACAUUUAUUGAUGUUGAAGAUGAGAAAUCCCCUCAGACCGAAAGUUGCACUGACAGUGGGGCAGAAAAUGAAGGCAGUUGUCACAGCGAUCAGAUGAGCAAUGAUUUUUCGAAUGAUGAUGGUGUUGAUGAAGGGAUCUGCCUUGAAAGUAAUAGUGGAACUGAAAAAAUUUCAAAACCUGGACUUGAAAAGAAUUCCUUGAUCUAUGAGCUCUUCUCCGUUAUGGUUCAUUCAGGGAGUGCUGCUGGUGGUCAUUAUUAUGCUUGUAUAAAGUCAUUCAGUGAUGAACAGUGGUACAGCUUCAAUGAUCAACAUGUCAGCAGGAUAACACAAGAGGACAUUAAGAAAACACAUGGUGGAUCUUCAGGAAGCCGAGGAUAUUACUCAAGUGCUUUUGCAAGCUCCACAAAUGCUUAUAUGCUGAUAUAUAGACUGAAGGAUCCAGCACGAAAUGCAAAGUUUCUAGAAGUAGAUGAAUAUCCAGAACAUAUCAAAAACUUGGUGCAGAGGGAGAGAGAAUUGGAAGAACAAGAAAAAAGGCAACGAGAAAUUGAGCGCAAUACAUGCAAGAUAAAAUUAUUCUGUUUGCAUCCUGUGAAACAAGUAAUGAUGGAAAAUAAAUUGGAGGUUCAUAAGGAUAAGACAUUAAAGGAAGCAGUAGAAAUGGCUUAUAAGAUGAUGGAUUUAGAAGAGGUCAUACCCAUGGAUUGCUGUCGCCUUGUUAAAUAUGAUGAAUUUCAUGAUUACCUUGAACGAUCGUAUGAAGGAGAGGAAGAUACCCCAAUGGGACUUCUACUAGGAGGAGUCAAGUCAACAUACAUGUUUGAUCUACUGUUGGAGACGAGAAAACCUGACCAAGUUUUCCAGUCUUACAAACCUGGAGAAGUGAUGGUGAAAGUUCAUGUUGUUGAUCUUAAGGCAGAAUCUGUAGCUGCUCCUGUCACUGUUCGUGCUUACUUAAAUCAAACGGUCACAGAGUUCAAACAGCUUAUUUCAAAGGCCAUCCAUUUACCUGCUGAAACCAUGCGGAUAGUGCUAGAGCGCUGCCACAAUGAUCUGCGCCUCCUCACUGUGCCCAGUAAGACCCUGAAAGCUGAAGGGUUUUUUAGAAGUAACAAGGUAUUUGUUGAAAGUUCUGAGACUUUGGAUUACCAGAUGGCCUUUACAGACUCUCAUUUGUGGAAACUCCUGGAUCGUCAUGCAAAUACGAUCAGAUUAUUUGUUUUGUUACCUGAACAGUCCCCAGGCUCUUAUUCCAAAAGGACAGCGUGCCAGAAAGCUGGGGGUGAUUCUGGUGGUAACGUGGAUGAUGACUGUGAUAGAGUCAAAGGACCUGUGGGGAGCCUCAAGUCUGUGGAAGCUAUUCUCGAAGAAAGUACUGAAAAACUCAAAAGCUUGUCACUACAGCAGCAGCAAGAUGGAGAUAAUGGAGACAGCAGCAAAAGUACUGAGACAAGUGACUUUGAAAACAUAGAAUCACCUCUCAAUGAGAGGGACUCUUCAGCGUCAGUGGACAAUAGAGAACUUGAACAGCACAUUCAGACUUCUGAUCCCGAAAAUUUUCAAUCUGAAGAACGAUCAGACUCAGAUGUGAAUAAUGACAGGAGUACAAGUUCAGUGGACAGUGACAUUCUUAGCUCCAGUCACAGCAGUGACACUUUGUGCAAUGCUGAUAAUGCUCAGAUUCCUUUGGCUAAUGGACUUGACUCUCAUAGCAUCACGAGUAGUAGAAGAACUAAAGCAAAUGAAGGCAAAAAAGAGACAUGGGACACAGCAGAAGAAGACUCUGGAACGGAUAGUGAAUACGAUGAGAGUGGCAAGAGCAGGGGAGAAAUACAGUACAUGUAUUUCAAAGCAGAACCCUAUGCUGCAGACGAAGGUUCUGGGGAAGGACAUAAAUGGCUGAUGGUGCAUGUUGAUAAAAGAAUUACACUGGCUGCUUUCAAACAACACUUAGAGCCCUUUGUUGGAGCUUUGUCCUCUCACUUCAAGGUCUUCCGGGUGUAUGCCAGCAACCAGGAGUUUGAGAGCGUCCGGCUGAACGAGACACUUUCAUCCUUUUCAGACGACAAUAAGAUUACAAUUAGACUGGGGAGAGCACUUAAAAAAGGAGAAUACAGAGUUAAAGUGUACCAGCUGCUGGUCAAUGAGCAAGAGCCAUGCAAGUUUCUGCUAGAUGCUGUGUUUGCUAAAGGAAUGACAGUACGGCAAUCAAAAGAGGAAUUAAUUCCUCAACUCAGGGAGCAGUGUGGUUUAGAGCUCAGUACUGACAGAUUUCGUCUAAGGAAAAAAACAUGGAAGAACCCUGGCACUGUCUUUCUGGAUUAUCAUAUUUAUGAAGAAGACAUUAAUAUCUCCAGCAACUGGGAGGUUUUCCUUGAAGUUCUUGAUGGGGUGGAGAAGAUGAAAUCCAUGUCCCAGCUUGCAGUUUUGUCAAGACGGUGGAGGCCUUCGGAAAUGAAGCUGGAUCCCUUCCAGGAGGUUGUGUUGGAAAGCAGUAGUGUUGAUGAGCUGCGAGAGAAGCUUUGUGAAAUCAGUGGAAUUCCUUUGGAAGAUAUUGAAUUUGCUAAGGGUAGAGGAACUUUUCCCUGCGAUAUUUCUGUCCUUGAUAUUCAUCAGGAUUUGGACUGGAAUCCUAAAGUUUCUACCCUAAAUGUCUGGCCUCUUUAUAUUUGUGAUGAUGGUGCCGUCAUAUUUUAUAGGGAUAAAACAGAAGAAUUAAUGGAGUUAACAGACGAACAAAGAAAUGAACUGAUGAAAAAAGAAAGCAGUCGACUGCAGAAGACGGGACAUCGUGUAACGUACUCACCUCGGAAAGAGAAAGCACUAAAAAUAUAUCUGGAUGGAGCACCAAAUAAAGAUCUGACUCAAGACUGACUCUGCUAGUGUAGCAUUUUCCCUGGGGGAUUUUUGGUUUUAAUUAGAUGGUUCACUGCUACUGUGUAGUGCCGUUAUGGCCGGACAUGGUUAGGGGUAACCCAGUGACACCAGCACUGAUUGGACUGCCCUUCACCAAUCAGAAGCUCAGUGCCCAAUGGGCCACUGUUUUGACUUGGAAUCAUGUUGUGCACUAUAGUCAAAUGUACUGUAAAGUGAAAAGGGAUGUGCAAAAAAAUAAAAACAAAAAACAAAAAGCGAAACCUGCUACUAGGAAAGGGGGAAGGGGAACGAGUACACUUCUUUUAUUGCGGACAAAUGUGCACAUAGCCGCUAGUAAAACUAGCCUCAAACAGGAUGCUCAUAGCUUCAUAAUAAAAGCUGUGCAAAGGCCAUGAAUGAAUGAAUUUUCUGUUUAUUUCACUGAUACACACAUUACCUCAUUGACAAUUUGGAAGUAAAUGCAACUGUGUGUUGACUCUUGGAAAGCAGCAAAAAUAGGAGCUGAAGAGAGAAAUUCUUAGAACCAGCCAUAACCCAGUAAAGAAUUGUGAAGUUGUGUUUUUAUUUUGUUUCAUUUUUUGCAAAGUAUUAAAACAUUAUUCUGGAACAUCAAAACGUUUCCCUUAGACCGCUCCCAGCAGGUAGCAGCUCAAAUUGCUGCAAUAUUGUAAUUAUAACUGAUUGUACUUAAGUUAUGGAUGUAGAGAAUAUGGUUCACUCGUUCAUUCAGCAUGUAAAUAAAAUUGAUCCUAUUGAGUUAUCAUAAUUGCAGUUCAACUAUUUCCCAUGGUUAUUCUUUUCACGUACCAUUCAUGAUGUACAUUUGUGUACAUUGAGGAGUAUAGCAGUCUAUGUACAUGUAAUCCUCAGUGAGGUUCCUCAGUGCUGGGUCCCAUACAAUUGUAUUUGCCCUUGUUAAUGAGGUUUUUCUGUUCAGCGGCUUCAGUUUUUUCCUUUGUACAUUUACUUUUGAAGAUUUACUUCAAGUUUGAAUCUUCUCGAACCCUUGUAAGUCCCACUUUAAUUUUUGGAGUUGAUUUGUAGUUACAUGUAGUUUAACUUUGCGAAAGCGUCUUAACAUCGUGUUGAAAAAAACUUGCUAGUAAGUCAGGUCAUAGCACAGGCUGAUGUAGUCAACAUGAUUUCAUUGCAAAGUCUAUUAGAAUGGGCAAGUUUUUGCUUUGCUAAAUAUGACUUCAAUGAACACAAUUCUACAUAAAUUUUGAAAAUGCCAUCUAAUUUAUAAAAAUCAAUUAAAAAGGUUUUGGUAAAACUUUUUCAUGCCAGAUGCUGUUUACAACGAUGAACAUGCCAAUAAAACAUUUGUUCAUUCUGUU